AUGGAGAAAUUAAUAACAAACGAUAUUUGUUUAAAAAUAAUUAAACAAUGUGAUGCAAAUCAUAUUGAUAUACUGAAUAAUAAUAUCACAAUUGAAAAAGUGCAUUUAAAAAAAUUUAGUGACGAACAAAAAGGUUUUAUGGGAGAACAUUUUAAUUUAGAAAUUUUAACAAAUUAUGGAACAACAUAUACAUUUUUUAUUAAAUCGAAACCAAUAUUAUUACCAAGUUUUGAAUCAUACAUCAAUGAUAUUGGAAUAUUUGCGAAAGAAACAAAAUUAUUUCAAACAUUAUUGGAAACAUUACGAAAAUUAAGUACAAACGCAUGGUGUCCCAAAUCUUAUUAUAUUUAUGAAAAUGAUGCUAUAAUUAUGGAAAAUCUUGUCCGAAAAGGUUAUCAAGUUAUGAAUCAUCGUGAAUAUUUCACAUAUCAACAAUUUUCGGCUUUUAUUAAAACCGUAGCCGCAUUUCAUAGUACAACAAUUAUUUAUGAAGAAUUAACAAGAAAAAAUUCAAAUUACAAAAAUUUUCGACUUAUUGAUAAAUAUAGAAAUUUAUUAGAAGAAUGUGGUUAUCCUUGCGAUGAAACACAUAUUCGAAAUAAAGUUUUAAUUAGUAAUGCUAAAGCAUUUGUAUCGAACUUAAAAUAUUUGGAUAAUUAUAAAGAAGGAUUUGAUGAACAAAUUUUGAAGCAAUUAAUUCAUUUACCAAAUCGAAUGAAAAUAAAUCGUUAUCGAAAAGUAAUGAACCAUGGUGAUUUAUGGUGUAAUAAUAUUAUGUUUUCUUGUAAUGAAGAUGAAAAUUUAAAAUGCUUACUUGUGGAUUUUCAAUUCGCACGAUAUGCAUGUCCAUCACAAGAUCUUAUGCUUGCAAUGUAUACAACAACAAAUCGGGAAUUUCGUACGAAAUAUUAUGAUCAUUUUCUCGAAAUGUAUUACAAUGCAUUAGGGGAUGAAUUAAAAACGUAUUCGCUAAAUAUUAAUGAAUUGUAUCCAAAAAAUGAUUUUUUACAAUCUUGUUCGGAGAAAAGAAUUGUUGGAAUACUUUUAGCAGCGUUAUAUACAGUGAUGGUGUUUUAUCGAUCAGAAGAUAUUGAUUAUAAUGAUGAACAUUUAAGAGAACGGUUUAGUGAAAUUUAUCAAGAUAUUCUUGAAUAUGUUUUAUAA